AGGGGUAGAAUGAUCACUUAGAACAAUGUACAGAUGGGACUGGCUGAUACUCUAUGUCACUGCUUUUAACUUGAUCAAAACAAGUGAUGGAGUGGGCGGGCUGAGCCCUCCAUCGAUUGUGAUAUCUCCAACACCAGACUUGUUUCCACAUUGGCAAACAACUUUUACUUUACAAUGUGAUGUCAAAGACUGGCCUGGCACUCCUGUGUUUUUUUGGAAUCGCGAUGGCUCCACACUUUACCCAAAUGCCGACAGCAAGAUAAAUUUCAGUGAAGAUAAGCAAAGUAUAGUUUUCAACGAUGUUACGCAACAACAAAGUGGCUCUUAUUACUGUCUAGCAACUGAGCCGAGAGAAUACUUGUUUGAAAUGUCAGACUCAGUUGAGAUUGCUGUUCAAGAGCCUCCACUGAUCCCUAAAAAUGUGACGGUUGUCGCAAAGACUUCAACCUCCCUCCACCUACGCUGGGAACCUCAAGGUGACAUAGCAUCGGAAUACUACAUAGUAGUACAGAAGCCUGGAAACCACGAGUACACAGCUGACCAGUACGAAGUUGUGAUAUCAAAACUCGACCCUUACUCUAUCUACUCUUUCUCUGUAUCUGCUCACAAUAUUGUUGGAUCACGUGGUAGAAGCUCUGAACUACAGACCAGAACAGAGCCAGGUCCCCCCGAGCGGAGUGUUAGAGUUCAGGGUUGGUAUCCGGACCUCAGAGAGUCUACAAGUGGUGUGGAGUGUCCCUUCAGACAACAUCAUUAACGACCAGCUGACUGGCUACGAGCUAAUGGUACACGCAACAGUGGAGAACAUUCUGGUAACCUCCCUGAACUUCACACUCAACCACACGGAGACAGUAGUAUCGGGACUCAGCCCGGAGACUCAGUACACUCUCUCCAUGGCUUUUAGAACCAGAUGCUGUGUCAGUGAUUACGAGAGCAAGGACUCUGUGACGAUGCGAGAAGGAAAGACAAUGGCCCCCACAAACCAGCCCAGAACAGAAGGGAACACUGCCCAGGACAACCUCUCUAGUGGGGCAAUUGUCGGUAUCGCUCUGGGAUGUGGAGUGUUAAUAGCGGUCCUCCUCUCUAUUCUCCUCUACUUCAGAUGUCGAUCUACAGGUCCCCUCAUCACCUCUGCUGGCAGUAAACCUAUUAACUCUUGGAAUGACGGAACUGAGAAUGGAGCUAACGACCUGCUCCUUCUUCAGAUCCCAGUCUCUCCUCCACCGGAGUACUCCAGAGCCCAGAGUGAAGCUGCCUCUAAUAACGUACAGGACGCUAGUUUGUCUAGAAGUUUCUGUUAUGAUGGCAUCAACGCCACCUCCCCUCCACCAGCUUAUCAUAGCAGAUCAUCCUCAAAUAAUGAUAACAGUUCAAUCUCCGACCUAUCUAAUGUAGACGCAAUGGAGUCCCCACUAGAGGUAAAGGAGAUGAAUGUACCAAUAAACGGUACCCUCACGAGUAACGGGCCCGUAUCUCCUAUUUACAGUGUACCGCACAGUGGGGUGUCAGCUAGUGAUGCGCCAUAUAAUGGCGCGCGACAGGGUCCCCCGCGCGACACAUGGAUCUGAUGAUUCUUUGGUAUUUUCCUUUAAGUUUCCUUGAAAUUGAGUGUGAUGAAACAUGUUGUUUGUUUGUUGAAGAAAAAAGAGGAGAUUAAUUACUAAUUAGCUAUGAUUUAUCGUGAUCAACAAAGUUGGGAGGUUGAUUGGGCUACUGAUGAUAUUCCAUUGAAAAAAGUUGAUCGUAGUUAUAUUUGUCAUGAUUGCUUUCAUGCGAAUAAUUUUAUAAUUCAGAGUUAUAUAUUACAGUACUAUAUUGUUAUUUUAAGUUAAAUUGACUUAUAUGUUAUAGUGUAUUGUUUUUAGCUACUUUUUCAUUGUACAAAAUAUUUUGGUGUUUGGGUGUCGGGUUGACAGUUUUUAUUUUGACUAAAUCUUGGUGUACAUCACAUAUAGGUCAUUAACGAUGAUGAUAUUUUAAUUUAUAGCGAAUGAAAGUGAAAGUAAUUCUAGCAGACAUGUUUUAAAUUGUUUUAGUGGGCGUUAACUUAUCAGUUUCAUUUUUACCAAACAUGGUUUUAACAGUGCUACCAGAUAAUUUAUGAGGAUGAAAUUUUAAUUUAUAGCCAUAAUCUAAUAAAGAUCACUCUAGAGGAUAUAUUAUGUUUUUGAUCAUCAUUAUAUUUUACUCAUAUAUAAACAUUUUUAUAGCUGAUUUUAGCCAGAUUUUAGCUUGAGGAUUCGCUUGAUCUUGAAUGACAUUAGGAUCAUUUUACACAAUGACAGAUUUUAGAUAUCAUGAUAAUAUGAUUUUCACGAUUUAGCUGCUAAUAUUAACUGAGAUUAUGACACAUCAUUUCAAAACAAAAGAGAGAAUACAACAUAAACACUUAAACAGUAGAGCACAGCAGAUUAUAAGAGAUACAGAGAUAUUAUUGUGUUGUUUGUUUGGGUUCUGUUAUUUUAAAUAUUAUCGGGUUGAUUCCAUUAGAUGUAAAAAUGCUAUCUUUGACCAAGAUACAUGAUGAUAAAAAACAAGAUUUACCACGUGUGUGUUCCUAUUAACUUUGGACACGUAAUCUAGCUGUGAAUCACAGCUGCUGCAUGACGAAGAAAUGUCACGUGAUUUUACAGGAACAUCACGUGUUUUUGCAGAAAAGUCACGUGUUUUUGAACUAGUCGGUAACUGUUCUAUUUAAAUGUAAUGUUCUAUUCUUUUAAUAUAUUUGUAAACACCAA